AUGUUCAAUCCUAAGCGGAUCGUAACCACUUUAGUGGGUGUCAGCAUCACUGCUGCCAAUGCUGGACCUUGCAAGCCCCAUUCUCCCUCUGAUGCAGUCUCUUCGUCGACGUUGGAGGCUUCGUCUGGCACCACAUCCCUCGUUUUGUCGGUGACUUGGUCUAGCACCUUGGUCGACAGCUCCGAGACGGAGACGGCUACCAUGUCUGCGAUUUCAAGUCAGAGCGAGACCCUCUCCACGUCCUCAGGCACUAUCGAAGUAUCAACCACCGACAUUUCCUCAAUUGCCACUGAGGCUACGACCACUACCGCUGUUGCUUCGGCCACAACGUCGGCCGCCGCCGACACGCCAUGCGAAAACCAAAUCUAUCGAGGUACUGCCUCUCACCCUGGCUACACCUCUACCGAUGCCACAACCGAAGCGGACUGUUGGGACGCGUGCUCCAACGAUCAACAAUGCAACACCUGGUUCUUCCAAGCAGAGGGCGUUUGUCAACUUUAUCGCGAAACCUUUGAUGCUAUCGGCACCCCUAAGAAUGAGGAUAGCAACCUCAUCGGUUCCCGUAACUGCUCUCCUCGCAACUACGACUCAUGCAAUGACAACAUUGGCUUUGGUUACAUUGCAGAAAGCCCGACUGAGCAAGUCCCCGGUGUACAGCUCGAACUUCAAUGUGCUCAGCUAUGCAUGAAGGACGGCCAAUGUGAGGUUUGGCAGUACGACGGGUCUACUCAAACAUGUAACAAGUUCUCCAGCUAUUUCGCCGACAUCUUCACUGCCCAAGCAGAUGCUGCUCCGGGACAGAGAAUCAUGCUUGCCGGCACCCGAAGCUGCUCUUCCGACUUUUUCAAGCCACAGCUGGAGCCUUGCAAUGGCCAGAUAAACACAUGGAACGCCAACGCCAUAUCUGGAUACAGGUACUUUACUCACAUCAAGACAGUACCGCUUUGUGCACGUGCUUGCUCCAUCGAUCCGAUGUGCCUGUCUUGGGGGGUGUUCGAUGGAGGCAUGAUUAAUGGAGGCCGGGAUUGCUCACUUUCGCAAUAUGAAUACAGAGAUGAGCCUGAGGAUAUAUGUGCAGCAGGCUCAAGAAACUGCGGCGUUCCCUAG